CUCAGCUGUUAUCAGUCCGAAGAAGAGUUUCAGCCGCUUAAGUUCAGCCCACUCGUAACGAAAAACGAGGAGCAAGAAGAAGUAGUAGUGCUGCCGGCUGUAAAAAGAGCUAAAACUCGCGGAAAUGCCCAUUGUCGAGGAUUCAUUUGGCACGUUUCUCGAUGAGGAGACGAAAACAUCAGUGCCGGUGAGAAGAUUUACGCUGAAAAAUAGUAAAAAUGUGUCCGUGCAAAUCAUUAACUAUGGAGCCACCAUCACCACAAUCAAUAUUCCCGACAAAAACGGAACCAUCGCCGAUAUCAACCUCGGAUUUGAUGAUAUGAAAGGCUACACUCUAAGUGGAAACCCAUAUUUCGGAGCCGUGGUGGGUCGAGUGGCCAACAGGAUUAAAAAUGCGGAGUUUUCCAUCAAAGGUCAAACGUACAAAGUGACCGCGAAUCGCGGCCAGAACCACCUGCACGGUGGCCUCAAAGGAUUUGACAAAAAAAUCUGGUCGGCUAAUGUUGAUGGCCCAAAAGUAACUUUUUCGUACGUGAGCAAAGACGGCGAAGAAGGUUAUCCCGGCGAUUUGCUGGUGAACGCAACAUACUCGCUCAACGAGGACAACGAACUCUCGCUCGAGAUGACCGCUACAUGCACAAAACCUACUCCUGUCAACCUCACCAAUCACGCGUACUUCAAUUUAGCCGGGCACGACCAAGGUGCAAGUGAAUUUUACAACCACGAGAUAAAAUUGAAUGCUGAUUAUUACACGCCGGCCGUAGAAACAAUUCCAACAGGCGAAAUAGCUGCCGUCAAGGGCACGGCUUUUGACUUGCAGUCUCCGAAAGUCAUUAAGGACGUGUUUCCUCUAACGCCUGAAAACGGUUACGACAACAAUUUUUGCGUCAUCCAGACUAAAGCAAAGAAUAAUCUUUUCUUCGUUGGAAGGGCAGCACAUUCAAAGAGCGGAAGGGUUAUGGAGGUAUUUACAGACCAGCCGGGCGUUCAGUUUUACACCGCUAAUUUCAUACCCGAGGACAACUCGCUGCCAGGAAAGGGAGGCUGCUUUUAUAAGAAGCAUGGAGGAUUUUGCUUAGAGACGCAGAAUUAUCCAAACGCCGUAAACACAGAAAACUUUCCAGACUCGGUUCUUCUGCCUGGGCAAAUUUAUAAACACACCGCGCUUUACAAGUUUUCAGUUGAUAAAUGAUUUAUUAUAUUUUGCCAUAUCAUGUAAAACUUGUGGUUAAUAUAUUUUUAUUUUCGUACAGUAAUAAACGUAUGCAAUUUUGCGUUUAAUUUUAAA